GGUGGAAAAUCGGUACGAAAAGUCCUUCAGAAGCUAUUUAAUUCCGUCCUUCAUGGAGGUACUACUCCAGAGGCAUGGAGCACAAGUGCGGUGGCCUUGUUCUUCAAGAAAGGCGACAACGCUCUCUUGAAGUACUACAGAACAAUUUUCCUAUUAAACCGCGUCUACGUGCUGUUUUCGAGAGUCAUUUGGAAUCGUCUGGCAUACAGACUCGACGACUUCCAGCCUCCCGAACAAGUCGGUUUCCGAAAAGGCUUUAGCACCAUAUACUACAUACAUACCCUUCGGCAAAUUGUACAGAAGACCAAAUAGUACAACCUGCCACUUUGUCUUGCGUAUGUGGACUAUGAGAAAGCCUUUGAUUAUGUCGAAAUUUGGGCGGUGCUGCAGUCCCUCCAACGGUGCCAAGUGGAUGUCGGUGUAUCGGAGAACUGAAGUGUUUGUACAGUAGGGCUACGAUGGCUAUCCGAUAACAGAACCAGAGUACGAAACCUAUCCAACUACAGCGAGGUGUAAGACAGGAUGACGUAAUAUCCCCGAAACUCUUCACCGCUGCAUUAGAAGACGUUUUCAAGCUACUGGUCUGGAAAGGAUACGGUAUUAACAUCAAUGGCGAGUACAUCACUCACCUUCGAUUUGCCAACGAUAUAGUCCUUAUGGCAGGAUCGCUGGAGGACCUAAGCACUAUCCUCAAUGACCUCAAUAGUGUUUCCCAACGGACAGGUCUUAAGAUUGACAUGGAAAAAACAAAAAUCAUGUUUAUCGUCUAUGUCACACCUAUGCCGGAAAUUGUUGUAAGCACUAAGCUGGAACUUGUUGGCGAAUAUGUUUACCUGGGAGAAAUAGUCCGACUAGGUAAGUCCAACUUCGACCGAGAGAUAAAUCGACAGAUUCAACUCGGCUGGGCAGCGUUCGGGAGAUUACGACACAUCUUCUCGUUAGGCAUACCUCAAAACCUCAAAACUAGAUCGUUCAACCAGCGCGUGUUGCCAGUGAUGACCUAUGGAACUGACACGUGGUCCUUCACUGCUGGCCGUAUGAGGAAGCUUAAAGUCGCUCAGCGAGCUAUGAAGAGGGCUAUGCUGGCGUUUCUAUGUGUAAUAGACUUAAAAACGAGGAUAUCCGCAGUAGUACCAGAGUAACCGACAGAGCCCGAAGAAUUACUACGCUGAAGUGGCAAAGGGCCGGCCAUAUGGCCAUAUAGCUCGAAGAACUGACAACCGAUAGGGACGAAAGGUUCUCGAGUGGCAGCCUCGUACCAGCAGGUGAAGUGUAGGGCCUCCCCCCGCUAGAUGUUGUGACGACCUGGUAAAACAUGCAGGACGUCGAAGGAUGCAGGUGGCUCGGGACCAUGCUUUGUGGCAUUCCUUGGGGGAGGCCUAUGUUCAGCAGUGGAUUUGUGAACACUCUCUAUUCCUAACUUCGAGUUGAUACUGAGAAUUUAUUGUCUCAACUCGAGAUUUGAAACCCGGACCUCAAAAUCAGCAGUCGCUUUUACGACCACUAUACCAAAUCAUGCAUAAAUUGGCAUGACAAAUAUUCCCCCCUAAGAAGUAAUCUAUAAGGGAGUCCUAGGUUUAGCUGUGGAUAGGAACAGUGGAAAGGCUGUAUACAGUUGGAUAGCCAUCUGUAUAAGUUUUUGCCUAACUAAACGACUGGACCGACCGACGUCCAGUAGUCAGCCGUUUUUCAUCUGGCAUAAUAUUUAAAAAGGUUUUUUUUUCAGACUUUAAUAGGUGAUUUUAAAUUUGUUAAAAAUUACCUCGCGUACAUCCGCUCGAUCAAAUAAAAUGAUGUGUGUUACGUAGUUUGAAAAGCACCUCCCGCCCUCCUGCAAUUGCGUGAAGUAUCCCCGUCACCAAUAAUCCCAACACCACUACACUAAGAAAGACACACUACUGACGACAAUACGACACGUGUUUCGCCUCCACACGAGGCAUCUUCAGGUGAUGUAGACGCUGCUGAAGAUGCCUCGUCAUCGAGGGGAUGUACGCCGAUGGAAGCAGAUGGCUCGGGACCGUACUUUGUGACAUUCCUUAGGGGAGGUCUAUCUUCAGCAGUGGAUUUUUGAAGGGUUGUGUUGAUGAUGAUAAUAUUUCAACAUUUCCCCAUAAAUGAAUUACUGACUCUAUGGAGUCAUGAAACUGGUAUCACUAGUUUGUAUUUGUUCUUGGUGUUUACAGAGUGCUUUUAUAAAACUAAUUUUUGUGAAGUUAUAUUUAAUAAGUUUCGUAAAUUUACUGAUAGGGCCAUGUUAAUAUAUUUAUAUAUUUUUUGGUUUUAGCUGGUAAAUAGCUCAAGGAAUCAUAAUAGCAGAGUGUUAUCUAAGGUAAUAAUUGGUAAACACUCUCUUCUAUUAUAAUACUGUAAGUGGCGGCCGCUAAAAUUGUGUGUGAAACGCGUCCCUACGUCAUACGUCUUGCCGAAAACUGAGGCCUUUUUAUUAAACUGAGGUGACAAACAAACUUACCGUAAACCUAAUGGUGAGUAGCCCAGAGCAGUCAGUCCAUGGACACCUGCAACCAACUUCGAACAAAGAAUGCUGUAAAUACAUUAUUACCUCUGAGGACUAAGAUGGAAUGCCUCACAGCCUAUCAUUAUACUGGCUAUCUGUAUCUUACAGACUGGAACAAAGCAGUGCAAGCACUGGUUUUUGGUUACAGAAAUAAGUAAGAGGGUAGUACCUCUCCAGACUGACUACCAGAGUGAAAAGUAGUCCUACCACCUUGUAACCUAUCUGCUUGUUUAUCAGUUUGUAUGAAACGCAUGACUGGAUACAAGGCUUUUUAGUCUGUAGCAACAGCUAUUAAAUUUGUUUCUAUUCACCACCCAGGACACUCGCCCUGCUGAUUUAUAACGUGAACAAAGCUUAAAUUUGCAGUGAAGCAAAUACUGGGAAUCCUAUGUCGAAAAAGAAGCCAUACCAUUAGUGACUUAAGCUAAACCUUUUCUUAUUAAUGUUACAGGAUGGUACAUUGGAGAUAGCGGUUCUAGAUUUUCAGACAAUACAAGUGUGCAAUCCAAUCUUAGAUCUGCUGUACUUCAUCAUCAAUGGUACGGAUGAGAAGUUUCGCCAACAACACUAUCAACAGCUAAUUGAGCACUAUUACAGUGAAUUUUGUACUGCCCUACGAAGAUUUAGUUUAGAUCCUGACCUCAUCUAUCCAAAGCAAAACUUUGACAAUGACCUAAAAGAGGUGCUGCCAUUCGGUCUACUAGUAGCCAUCGUCAGUCUCCCCUUCGUAACGGUCGACGUCAAAAACGCCCCAAAGAUUGACAGUGACUUCGAAACUAAUUUCGUUGGGAUAAAAACGAGCGAUUUGUUUGCAGAAAGGCUUAACGGCGUCAUCGGCGACUACAUUAAAAUGGGAAUCUUGUAAAAUCACUUUUAAUUUAAUAUUAACUAAUGGAUAUAUUAUUGUAUAGUUAAAUUACUUAAACUACUAACUAAUAUAAAUUAUUGUCAUUGAAAAAUUCAAUAGAUGUAAUCUACCUGAGGAGUCCGCCUGAAUUUAUACCACCUUCUUGCUUAUUGCUUACUGCUCUUGCUUACAACCACUGUAUUUUGAUGGGAAGAGAGGUUGGUUUGAAGAGUAAGAUAUGUAAUAUAAUAUUUAAUGUGGUAGAGUAUGUGGUGGACCAGCACGAAUGCAACGUGAGAAUGUCAGUCUAAAGUAUAUAUACAUAUAUAAAAAAAUUGAAGUGUGUGUCUGUAAUAUCGAAAUAACUGCCUUUUAUUGAGCUGAGGUGGGUAUUUACAUGCCAUUAUGACAGGAGUGGCCAUUUGUAAAAUGUUGUCCGUCUGUCUGUCUGCUCGGACCAAUCUUCGGAAUGGCUGAACCGAUUGUGCUGAAAUUUAAGAACAAAUAGACAGCAAUGCCGUUUGAUAGUAAAUGGAUCUUAGCUUUAUUUUAUUCAAAAAACUUUUAGUUCUUUUUUGUGAUAUUGGUUAUUGAUGAUAACUUUAAAAAUCUAAAUGACACCAAAUUAAAAGAUCCCACUCAGGUUAAACUGGGAUGGGCCACUUAUAGUAUUAUAUUUUUUAUGUAUAAAUUAAUAUUUAUUAUGUAAGAUAUGUAAGAAGUCGAUGAAUGUAGAUGGCUUAGGACCGUGCCUUGUGGCAUUUCUUGGGUGGACUUGUGAUGAGCCGUAAUGAUGAUAUUGACUUAUUAUUACUUUUUAAAUACUGCGAAUCCUUCUAAAGUGAGUGGGGUACCAUGUAUAGCAGUAGACUUUUAUACCAAUAAAGAAGAGAAAGAAUACAGAAUAACAUUUUAAUGAUAAUAAUGAUGUAUAAAUGCUAUUUAAUAUACAAUUUUGUAAAUGAAAUUAAAUAAAUACUUGUAUAUA